CUUAAGGAAACAGAGAGUGAUCAUCAGAGUCGGUAUAAAGAGCGCAGCUGACACCUGAGCGUCAACACACAAACAGACCCAGGAUGGGAGUUCAAGGCCUGACCACUUUGAUAGAGGCCAACCCGGAGAUCUACCGGGACGUCAAGUUCAGGAAGAGACGGCUGGUGAUCGACGGCUGCAACUUCCUCUACCUGCUGUACUUCGACUCAGGUCUGGACCUGAGUCAUGGUGGGGAGUAUGCUGCGUUUGAGGACCUUGUUGAGAGGUUUGUCAAGGCCCUCAAAGACUGCGGCAUCUCGCCGUACGUGGUGCUGGACGGGGGCAUAGCUCAAACUGACAAGAAGGAUGAAACCAUUAGAUUAAGAGCAAUGGAUCGGCUCCAGAAAGCCCAUCAAGCAGUGGAGGGAACCAGGCAGGCUGUGAAUGGGAUCAAGAAAGUCCAUCAAGAUGCACAGGAGAGCAAGGUCUUGCCACAGAUGGCCAGUCUGGUGUUCAGACAAACGCUGGCCCGGCUGGAGGUCCCGGUGGCUCAGUGUUAUGCAGAGGCUGACCAGGAGAUCGCUGCCCUGGCCAAGGAGUGGAAGUGCCCGGUUCUCUCCAACGAUAGCGACUUCUUCAUCUUUGACCUCCCAGGGGGGCUGCUGCCCAUUUCUCAUUUCCAUUGGGAAGUGGUGAAGAGGAUUGGCUCACAGAGCUACAUCCCUUCUAAGAUCUACUACUCCUCCAGCUUCUGCAUUGUCUUUGACAUAGAGCCCCAACUUCUGCCAGCACUUUCCUCCUUGGCUGGAAAUGACUAUGUGAAGCUGCAAAGGUUGAAUGCAUCUAUUAGAUGGGCUGAGUUCGCUCCAGCAGUCAAUGGGAAAUCACCACAGCGCCUGAAGGGGCUGCUCUGCUGGCUGAAGGACUUCAAGCAACCUAUGGAGGCCUUUGAGGCAGCACUAGGACUGCUGAGAGAGAGAGAGCUGAGUGAGGAGAAAAAGGCAGAGGUGAUGGAGGGCUUAAACCUAGGGAUGGAGGAGUACCAGCUUCCUCCAAGCUCCUUGAAGAGGUUCUUCAUCGAUGGGGUUGCCCCUCCAUUCCCUGAAGUGGAAGAAGAGAUGGCAGGUUGGGUCUUGCUGCCGGUGAUGCGGGCACAGCUGACUUCAGACGUCCUCGAUGUUCUAUUGUUCAAUACCAUUACUCUCAGCUGUCCGGUGGACAGGGCAGACUUUCCCAGUGCUCACCUGACCUCCAGGCCGAUACGCCAGGUGAUGUACAGGCUGCUGCUGGGAGAGACUCUAGUGAAUGAGAAUGACAGAGAAGGCCUCCAGCUGAAAAGCUUCCAAGUCCAACCUGCAGCCAGCGGGGUCCCUGAGGAGCUGGAACUCAAGUCACUGAACCAGGCGGAGCCCUCUGUGUGUCUGCAGGUGUUACUGGAGGCUCUGGGGGUGCCUGAGGCCUGUCUGGAUGGACUGCAGCCUCACCUGCGCCUCCUGGUGGCAGUGACCUGCUUCUGGCUGCAGAGAGCCGAGCCUAAACCGGACGAGACGCUGCUGAAGGCGCUGCUGCUGGGAGUAAGUCAUGGAGACUCACUGAGACAACAAGCAGCUUUGAAGAGAGAGAAGAAACCCUUGAAACUGCGGCUUGACGCAGACGUCCUCCACUCCUUCAACCAAUGGCAGGGAUGCCUGAGGCAGAGCGUCCACCUGAACCAGCUGCUGGGCUUCCCCUUACCUGAACCACAGAUCGCACGGUGUUAUGAGGGAACGUUGGUCCACAGGCUGGUCCACAUGUUGAGGAGGGAACGAAAACUGAAAACCCUUUUGAAGAGCGAACCCUCAGUUAUGAGAGAGUACCACAAGAUGCUCACCAUCGUUCAAAGGUUUCACUUUGAGGAGGCGUUGAUGCUGACGAGAGUGAAAAGGCGGGAACUGGAGCCUCUAAAGGACCUGACUCCCACCCUGAUGGACCUCUUCUACCUGUACGAAGAAGACGAGGUCAGCAGUGCCGUCCAAGUACACAAGGAUCUUUAUCUGGAUGAUAUUUUGUCCGUGAGAACUCGGUACAGAUCGAAGGAGAGGAGCAGCCGCUGUGACAAUCUGAUCAUGGCCCGUAAACAGGAGUGCCGGCGCUGUGACCUCCAGGUUUAGGUCUGAUCCAGGGACUCACUGACCUCCUUCAGUCCUGAUUCAGUGCUGUUUUUGUUAUGACAAGACCAAAGGUCGUAUUCAAGAAGCCUCUUAAGUACUAAGAGUUGCUCCCAUUGACAACAUUCAAAAAAAGUCUUAGAGUCAGGACAUUUUCUAAGAAUUUCCCGUUAAAGUUCAGACUAGAUCCUUUUAAAGAUGAAAGUUAUUCACAAAGCGUCUUAGCCCUUAAGAGAGCUCCUGAGGUGUCAAAGUGUGAGGAGGACUUAAAACAGGAUGAAGAGUAGAACAGAGAAAUAAUAAAAUAAAUUUAAAAAAAACCCACCUACGUGUGGACGAGGGCUAAAAUAUCUUGCUGUUGAUAAUAUGUCUUUGCCUUUAAGGUACAAGCAGGUUUUAUAUUUUAAAUGCAGAGACUUUUGACUAUUUUUGAUAUUUUGAUGUGUGAUAAAGUUUAUUAAUACGUCCACUCAAAGAGAGGAGUCAUCAGGAGACAUCAGGGACUUUUUUUGUGCUCCAUGCUGGAUGUUUUAAAAAGUUCACAUUUUUCAGAUGGCUUUUGAUGUGAUGUCACUUAACGUUAUUUUAUUAUGUUAACAGAUUGAUUUGUUGUAUGUAUGGGAAAACUUUGUACUUUAAUAAAGUCUUUACAUGAAUGGUU